CUUCUUCCAACUGAAACAUGAUAUUAACCAUUAGGGUUCACAAUCUAAGAAAGCUAUGCACGGUUUCAAACAUCGCUUUUGUCGGGAACAAAGACAUUGUUAUUUCACUCAAAAACCAUUUUCCCGCUCCUAUAAGCAUGCUCCAACUCAAUUCUGAUCUAAAAUGCUUGGUCAAAACGGGUCAUCUCCAAGAAGCUCGUCAAAUGUUCGAUCGAAUGCCUCACAGAGACGAAAUUUCAUGGACUACCAUGAUUUCUGGUUACGUCACUGCCACGAACUCAACUGAAGCAUUGCUCUUGUUCUCCAAAAUGUGGGUCUCACCUGGGCUUUCCAUGGACCCCUUCUGUCUUAGUAUUGCACUUAAAGCUUGCGCGCUGGAAUUUAAUUUUAAUUAUGGAGAAUCACUGCAUGGCUAUUUAGUUAAAUCUGGUUUUUUUAACUCAGUUUUCGUCGGCAGUGCCCUUUUAGAUAUGUACUCAAAGUUUGGAAAAAUUGAGCUAGGAAUCAAAGUGUUUGAUGAGAUGCCUAUAAAAAACGUGGUUUCAUGGACCGCAAUUAUUACAGGGCUUGUUCACGGUGGAUAUUAUAAGAAGGGUUUGGCUUACUUGUCUGAAAUGAAAAAAUAUGGAGUGGAGUACGAUUCUUAUACUUUAGCUAUUGUUUUGAAGGCUUGUGCUUCUUUAGGUGCUUUGAAUUUUGGCAGGGAGAUUCAUGCUCAUACUACAAAGAGAGGUUUUAAUGGUACUUUAUAUGUGGCUAAUUCUCUUUCUACUAUGUAUAACAAAUGUGGAAAAUUAGAUUAUGGUUUGUGUUUGUUUGAAAAAAUGAAUACACGGGAUGUGGUUUCAUGGACAUCUAUUAUAACAACUUAUAUUCAGAUGGGAGAAGAUAAGAAUGCCCUUGAGGCAUUUAUAAGGAUGGGAGAAGCAGGCGUGAGUCCAAAUGAGUUUACUUUCGCUGCUGUCAUCUCCGGUUGUUCUGGUCUUGUGAGAAUUAGUUGGGGUGAGCAAUUGCAUUCCCUUGUUUUCCGUAUCGGUCUUGCAGAUGCUUUAUCGGUGGCUAAUUCGCUCAUGACCAUGUAUUCGAAAUGUGGGCAGAUAUCUUCUGCUGCAAUGGUGUUUCAUGAAAUGACAAGAAGGGAUAUCAUUUCUUGGAGCACUAUAAUUUCAGUGUAUUCUCAAGGAGGUUAUGGGGAAGAAGCUUUCGAGUAUUUGUCGUGGAUGAGAAAGGAAGGGCCAAAGCCAACCCAGUUUGCUUUUUCUAGUGUGCUGAGUGUCUGUGGAAAUAUGGCUAUUCUAGAGCAAGGGAGGCAGCUUCAUGCUCAUGUUCUUUCCAUUGGGUUAGAACAAGAAGAAAUGAUACAGAGUGCCUUAGUUAAUAUGUACUCAAAAUGUGGGUGUAUUAAAGAUGCUGAAAAAGUCUUUAACGAAGGUGAGAAUUAUAAUAUCGUGUCAUGGACAGCCAUGAUUAAUGGAUAUGCUGAACAUGGAUACUUUCGUGAAACUAUUGAUUUGUUCGAGAUGCUUUCUAAGGUUGGUCUGAAACCAGACUCGGUGACCUUCAUUGGCCUUCUUACUUCUUGUAGUCACGCUGGACUAGCUGAUCUCGGUUUCUAUUACUUCAAUUUAAUGAGUAGUGAGUACCAAAUAAGUCCUUCCAAGGAACACUAUGGCUGUAUGAUUGAUCUACUCUGCCGAGCUGGGCGACUGACAGAAGCAGAGCAAAUGAUUGAAAGCAUGCCGUUUCAUAGAGAUGAUGUGGUUUGGUCAACCCUUCUUAGAGCCUGUAGGGUCCAUGGUGAUGUUGAACGUGGACGACGCACUGCAGAAAAGCUUCUUGAAAUGGAUCCAGAUUGUGCAGGGACUCAUAUCACCCUUGCUAAUAUAUAUUCUGCCAAAGGAAAAUGGAGAGAAGCAGCAGAUGUUAGGAAGAUGAUGAGGUCAAGGGGGGUCAUCAAGGAACCAGGAUGGUCCUGGAUUAAGAUUAAAGAUCGGGUUUCUGCAUUUGUUGCCGGUGAACGAUCUUACCCAGAGGGUGAAGAAAUAUAUGGCAUGUUGGAUCUUCUAGCAUCGAGGGUGGAUUUUUCUGUCCAGGAGUUAGGUUCUCUUCUAGAGCAAGAGGAUUAAGCCUGAAAUGAAGAUUCAAUUUCAUUUUUUUUUCAUGCAGGUUUGGUCCUCUUUCUCCUAAUUGAAAGUUGAAUUUAACAGAAGCAAGGUUCGAAUCGAUUGUUAAC